AUGCACAAGAAGUGCAAGUCAUGGGAUCAGAUGGCGAAGUCAUAUUCAAUCGAAAGCACGAGGGCCAAGAGGAAGAUGCGAAGACCGAUCGAAGCGAUCUACGAGAUAUCCUGCUCAAUCUUAUACCAAAGGAUUCUUUCGUUUGUCGACAGCGCUAUCUUGAUAUUGCAAAAACAUCCGCCUCAGGCCGUGGAAUAUCUCUUGGAUGAAAAUCACAGACUUUCUAGCGAGAACAGCAUCUACAUUGAAAGACGCGGAGAAGUUGAUCGUCUUAGCAACACCAUUGCUGACCUUCACUACAAGCUUGCUAACCUCAACUCCAAGCUUGCUGAACAUUCGAACCUUGUCGAGGAGAAGAGUUGGCUUCGGCGCUCGAUCAUCCAAGAAGAUGCACUCAUUGCUCAGCUACCGGCUGAUCUACAGCGCUUGCAGCAGGCAUCACAAUCGCAGCGCUUCGCGCCACUACCGCGACAGCAGGGCUACUGGGAGGCACCGGGGAUGCAGAAUCAGGCUACAUUUGAACAGCAACGUGGUGUUUGGUGGGAGAACCUGAUCGCAGAUGCAGAUGAUGAGCUGGAUGUAGCGUUGCAAGCACAGUACCAGAUAAAUGCGAUCCGCUGCGAAAGCCUUUCUUACUUCUAUCUAUUCACGACCUCUUAUCUUAAAAGCGCUACUAUUAUAGCCUCUACGGAUAAGAAUAGUUAA